AUGGCGACUCCUGCAGACUCCUCCGACACCCUGAUUAUAACUCCCUCCCCCGCGCACAUGUCUCCCAAGGCACCGUCCAUCGAAAUGGACACCGUUUCCCACGAAUCCCCAGCCCCCGAGGUCCCCAAGCUCCUCCGUGAAGCCAGCGACAUCACAUGGCAAGAGAGUCUCGAAUCCACGAAAGACCAAGUCACCCUCGUUCGCCGCGGCGGCCGAUUCCACCUGCUGCAACAACAGCAAUUCAAGAACAGCUUGCUGGCAAGUGUCGGAUACCUCGAGCUGGCCAAUGCGGGCGAUUUUGCUGCCAAUGUCUGGAAUGAAAUCCCGGUGCCGAGGUUCGCUGCUGUCCUGAUGGGGAUUGGCGGUACCCUGGCGCUGGGGAUGGUGCUGGUCGCGGUUCAGGAUUUCCGCUUGAGUUGGAAGAACGUCAAGGUUUUACGGGCCGAGAAAGACCAUCUACAACGACUAAGACAAUAUCAUCAUAAGAAUGCCGAGCUGGCUCGGUUGAUUGACAGUCGGUUGGGGGUUUCGCAGCGUGAGAUCGGAACGGAAUUGGUGGACCGGAUUGUGAUGGAUGUGUUGAUGGGGUUUGGAUCCCUGCUGGUUGGGGUUGGCACCCUGAUGGCAAUUGGCGGUGCCGACCCCCAAGUCUUCAAAGCGAGCAACUUGCUCUCCGGGUAUAUUGGAAAUGGUCUAGCGGCGGUGUUUGGUCUUGCAAAUGCGGUCUGGUCUGGGUAUCUGAUCCAUCGAUUUCGCAUGCAUGACGCCGCGACUUUUGCUCGGGAGCCCAGCGACGAGAUUCGUCGUCGGCUCCACACUCGCUUCCGCCGCUUCCAAUGGCAUGCCAGCAUCAACGGGCUGAAUGGCCUUGUUGCCGGCGCUGCUUCAAUGGUCACUGCCGAGCGGUGGUGGGGAUAUAUCGUGUUAAUCCCGUGCAUCAUCUCUCUCAUUUUGUGCAAUUACUUCUGGCGCAAGAAGAUCGGCUAUGAUAGGCCGGUUUUUGGACACGCUUCCCCAGCCAAGAUCCAACUGACUCCACUGAUUGAGGAUUUGGAAUAUGUGAUCCUCAUGCAACGGGGGCUGGCAGAGCCCGAGAACUCCCUACCACAGGCCAUUGUCCAACUGGACUCAGUGGAGUCCAUCCUGCGCUUCAUUGUCCGAGAACGCAUGCUAGAAACAUACUGUGAAUCGCUAGCCCGUGACAAGAAAACCCGCCAUCUCCUCAAGGAGCUGCCAUGUCAGAAGGAAUCACCCGACCAAAUCACCAUUUCUUUGGAGGCUCUCUUCCGCCUCUCGACCAACCACCUAGAAAUCAUCUUGGCGCAUGCCAAGAAAUUCCUCCAAACCACCGGCGUUCUCAUCUUCACCCACCGUGAACGCCACCUCCUCGAACUACUUGGCUUCGCCAUCUGGCAGGAUCAGAUGAACGAAGUCAAGGAACAAACCAUAGAGCAAUCUUAA